GCAGUCAGGGCCAGAGAGAGAGGAUGCAGUACCACCGCUGACCAAUAGGAGACCGGUCCUCCGGGGUUGUAGCCCCGCCUUCUGACCGAGAGGCAGGAAAUCCUCCUCCAGAAACUAACCUGCUCCGAACUAAUGCCUAGUUAACUUACUAACUCACUAAAAACUAACCCCCCUAAAGUAAUACAUAAGUAAACCAGGAGUAGAAGAUGAGUCGGACACCGAAGAGACAGGAAUCAGAGGACGGCCCCGACCUGGAGGAGGCGCGGCGGGCGGCGGCGGCGGCCAACCGUCUGGAGGAGCUGCGUCUGGUGCUGCUGGGCUGGCGCUGGCCCGGCAAGAGCCUGACGGGGAACACCAUCCUGGGCCGCGAGGAGUUCCGCCUGGAGCGAGCCGCCGAGUUCUGCGUGAAGCGUCAGACGGAGGCCGAGGGCCGGCAGGUGACGGUGGUGGACACGCCGGGCUGGUUCUCCUCCCAGAACACCCCGCCCACCUACCAGCAGGAGAUCCUGAAGGGCGCCUCCAUGUGCCCGCCGGGGCCCCACGCCCUCCUGCUGGUCAUCCCCGUGGGCAUGUUCUCGGACGUGGACCGCGGGCGCAUCGCCGAGCACAUGGCCCUGUUCGGGGAGCGGGCCUGGAGGCACACGCUGGUGGUGUUCACCUGGUCCGAGGUGCUGAAGGACAUCUCCAUCGAGCGCUACAUCCGCCGGGAGGGCCGCGACCUCAAGUGGGUGCUGGAGCGCUGCGGGAAGCGCUACUUUGUGAUCGACAACAACGUGUGGGGCGAGCACCCGCAGCUGGGCCAGCUGUUCGAGGCCGUGGAGAAGAUGGUGGCCGAGGUGGGCGGGGCGUACGUCCCCGAGACGGCCGAGGAGAAGGCGGAGGAGAAGGUGGAGGAGGAGGUGAAGGGACCGCCGGAGGGGAGACAGACCCCCCAGGAGGGCCCGGUGGGGGGGCGUGACCUCGGGGCGCGGCCCAAACACAACUCGGCCCCCAGACUGUGCAGCGAGCCGCUCUGAAUCACGAGGUUCACCGCCGCCGCUGCCUCAAUACUCUAAGUGCUUCGCCAGUACAAUAAUCUGUUGAUACUACAUCAGGGCUACUACGUCAGGGUCAAUACUUGAUCACUCAUUGAUCUUUAAUUUCACAUCCGGCCUUUAUUAAUAAUCAGAUAUUACUACAUCAGGACUCAUUGGUUCAUACUUGAUUCAAUCUUUAUCAAUACUUUCUUAAUACCACAUCAGGCCUUUAUCAACCAAUUCUUUCAUACUUUACCAAUACUUGAAAAAUAUUUUGUUAAUGCCACAUUAGGCCUUUAUUAAUAAUUAUUUCAUACUUUAUCAGGACUUGAUCAAGUGUCAUAAAGUACUUAUUUCGUCCUGUUGGAAAUGCUUUCCGCCGCAAAAUACUCAAAAUAGAUAGAAAGGACUUUUGUGUUUUUAGAGAAAUAGAAAUCAAACCAAUAGAAGUAACUCAAGCACAGCAAGGCCAUGCAGUUUGAGGACAAUAUGUGACUAUGUCACACGAGUCUAAAGUGGUUCAGUACACGGCCUCGUCUGACUGGUUUUCAGCGGCACCAGGAAUUGAGGGGAAAGAUUAGUCUUAGAUUUGAGAGCCAUUGUUAUUCAUCCCAUAAUAUUCAGAAAAAAGUUAUGCAUCAUACAUAUCCAACAUUUUACAUUAGAUAUAAUGUUAUGGUUGUGAUGUAUGAAGCAAACAGUCCAUUUAUUGCUGUCCUUCAUGUUCAGGAUUUUAAUAUUUAAUGAAUAGAGCAAUAUUCAUAUUUAAUGGAAAAAUGUCGCUCUUCAAGUUAGCUGUAUUGUGUGUCUCUGAUAGACAUCCUUGGUUUUUAUUUUUGGGAACUAAAUCCUAUCCUUCCUGUGUUAAGCCUAACAAUAAGGGAGGUUCUUCAUAGACCUCCUACAUCUUCUCCAUCCUCCCCCCAGAGAACUUCACCACCUCAUGCACCCUCCCACCAGACACAGACCGUAGAAACACCUCCACCGUCCCACCAGACAGACCUUCCAAACACCUACCACCUACAGCCUGCUGUAGUCUAAUUAAGGCCUCUAUAUCGUUGUGAAGGUCCCAGGAGGUGUGCCAUUUUAGGAGGAUGUUCUUUCACUCUGAAGGGACAGGUCAUUGAUCGUAUCAUGCCCUUCGGUCCUGCUUUAAGCCCGGAGACUUAAUCUGCACCUCAAGGCCAGACAUGGGAUGGCUGGGUGGUUUUUAGUUUGUUCAUUUUGUGUAUUUCACGUUGUUUUCCGUUGUGCAUUUAACAAGGAAACUCGUUACUCGGGAAAACAUCACAUGUUGCUGAAUGCUGUCCGUCUAGUCACGUCUGAUCCGUUUCCUCCUGGUCCUGUUUCCUGGUUAGUACGUACUGGUGCCGCCUGUUUAGUAUGUUCUCAGUUUUCUCCUGGUUCUGGUUUCUCCUGGAUGGUAUCUUCUGGUGCCUCCCGGUUCUGCUCCUCCUGGUUCUGUAGGUCCUGGUUCCUCCUGUGUGUCUGCUCUUGGGGCAGAAGUGCACUAACUUAUUGCUGACCUGUUUAGACGAAUUGCUAAACGAUUCCCGUGUAUUGAGACCAAAGAUUGCAGACAGCAUGUUUCCUAAAGCGACUUUAUGCUCCUAUUUCUUCUUUUUAGCCCCCGAGAGCUGCAGAGACUCUAGAUUGAUUGUCGGAUUAGUGUGUUUAGUUUGUUUAUUCCAGUAGAGCAGAGGCACCUGUUUUACCGAUAUAACAAACAAUGUGAAUAAUUGUUUGAAUAUGUUACCGUCAAAUGACAAGGCUACGAUACAUAAAUAAAGCAAUGCACUAGACUUAUGACCUUAGCUGCUUCUACCUUAUAUCAAAGUAACUAUAAGGAAAUGACAUGAGUCCAUAUAAGUUACUGAACGUCAUAUAGGUGGGAUGAUAAUAGUUAUGUAUUAUGAUGGUUUCACUCCUAUUGGUUACUGCUUAUUAUUUGUUACUCCAGCUUUUCCUUUUUAAAGAACAGGAUCAACUCAAUUGCUUUUCUACUGAAAUAAACUGCUGACUCCUGUAA